CAUUUUAUUUUGCGUAGGUAUCUGGAGAAUUUUCUUUUGCGAUUCGUUCCUUGAUCCGGAAGAAGAGACAGCAAACAUCACCUGCGAUUGGAUCACAAUAUAAGGGCGGGGCGUUAGCGAGCCAUUCACCUUGGCGACCGGAUGUGACGAUGACGGAAGCUGCUAGGCUAAGCUUUGCUCUCGCUGGCGGCCUUGGUGGGCGGGGUCGGCCGAGCUCGUCUGGCUUGGUCUUCACCACUGACCCGGCACCGAUAGGGGCGGUGCCAUUAAGGCCACGCCUCCCGCGCUGAUUCCCGGUGACUCUGGAGCGACGUCCUAGGCGCUGAGGAGGCGGAGACUCAGGGCUGUUUUCUCAGAGGUUAGGGACGGACCCGCCCCGUCAGCCUCUUCGACUCUUCCGGUUUCUGGUCGCUGCACCGCCUCCCUCCGAAGCCUGAGGAUACGCCCUCUCGAGAGCCCGCCUUCGCUCUCCUUUCAGCUUCUAACCCCUCUGAGCGGCUACGGGGCAACUCCAUCCCUACAUUCUCUCGCUCUGGUUCUCGCCACUUGGAGGACCUCGGCCCCGACACUGCCCCCUUUCCUGGAUGUACUGGCCCCUCCCACUCCUCUAAAAUGUCCAAUAACCUACAGAGGGUCUUCCUGAAACCUACAGAGGAAAAGUCAGGCAACGCCUCGCGUUGUGUUUCAGGCUGCAUGUACCAAGUAGUUCAGACGAUUGGCUCGGAUGGAAAAAAUCUUCUGCAAUUACUUCCAAUUCCUAAUUCCUCUGGAAAUCUUAUACCACUAGUUCAAUCUACAGUCAUGUCUGAUGCUUUGAAAGGGAAUACAGGAAAUCCAGUUCAAGUUACUUUUCAGACUCAGAUUUCCAGCUCUUCCACAAGUGCAUCAGUUCAAUUGCCCAUUUUUCAGCCAGCCAGUUCUUCAAACUAUUUUCUUACAAGAACAGUAGACACAGCAGAAAAAGUUAGAGUUACUUCUGUGGGAACUGAACAUUUUACCUCAUCAGUUUCUAAAGUUCAGAGUCAUGGUGUGAAAAUUGAUGGACUCACCAUGCAAACGUUUGCUGUUUCUCCCUCCUCAACACAAAAUGAUUCAUCUUAUAUUUUAGUAAAUACCCAGAGUCUUCCAAUGACUGUGAAGUCUCCGGUUUUGCCUUCUGGGCAUCAUUUACAGAUUCCAGCCCAUGCUGAAGUGAAAUCUGUACCAGCGUCUUCAUUGCCUCCUUCAGUUCAGCAAAAGAUACUUGCAACUGCAACCACAAGUACCUCAGGAACAGUUGAGGCCUCCCAAAUACCAACUGUUAUUUAUGUAUCUCCUGUAAAUACAGUGAAAAAUGUAGUUACCAAGAACUUUCAAAACAUUUACCCAAAACGUGUUACAGAAAUAGCAAAACCAAUGAUACUAAAUACCACACAGAUUCCAAUGAAUGUUGCUAAAGAGACACAAUUAAAAGGUGGUCAGCAUUCUCAAGCUGCUCCAGUGAAAUGGAUUUUUCAAGAAAAUCUACAGCCUUGCACUCCAUCUCUUGUUCCUGUUAAAUCUUCAAAUAAUGUGGCUUCAAAGAUUUUAAAAACUUUUGUAGAUAGGAAAAGUUUGGGAGAUAAUACUGUAAAUUUGCCACCAUUGAGUACCAUCAGUCCUAGUGGGACACAAUCCAAAAGUAUGCCUAUUAAAGAUAAUGCUUUGGUUAUGUUUAAUGGGAAAGUCUAUCUAUUGGCUAAAAAGGGGACAGAUUUUUUGCCAUCACAAAUUGACCAAGAGAAUUCUGUUUCUCCUGAUAUUCCACCAAGAAAAGAUACAUCACAGAUAGUAAGUUCAAGUCCAGUCACAGAAAUAUCCAGAGAGGUUGUAAAUAUUGUUUUGGCUAAAAGUAAAUCUUCCCAGAUGGAGACAAAAUCACUUUCAAAUACCCAGCUUGCUUCCAUGGUCAAUCUAAGGGCAGAGAAGAAUAAGAAAGUGGAGAAACCAUCUCUUUCUACCCCAAACCCACAUAGUAUGAACCAAUCCAUUAACUACUUAAAGCAGAGUAAGACUUUAUUCUCAAAGCCAGACUUUCCAGAUGGAUUUAGUACAGGACAAAAUUCCCCCAGAAAAGGAAAUAUCAUCCACAGCAUAGAGAAAAUAAGUUCCUCUGUUGAUGCAACAACUGUUACUUCACAACAGUGUGUUUUCAGAGACCAAGAACCAAAGAUCCAGAAUGAGAUGGCAUCAACAUUAGAAAAAGUUACUCAAGAACGAAAUGACAAGAACAAUUCCCAAGGAAGAAGCAAUAAGGCGUCAUAUCUGAACAAUGAUGCUGAACUUAGAAAGAUAUUUGGUCUCACUAAAGAUUUGAGCGUGUGCCUUACUCGGAUUCCUCACCAUUUGGGCUCUGGAGGAGGUUUUGAUUCCUUUAGCUGUUUGGUGAAAAGUGAUACUUACAAAGAGACAGAGUUUAUAGUGAAGGAGGAAGGGAGAAAACAGCGUUUUGAUAAGAAAAGAAAAGCAAAAACCAAAAAGAAGAUGGAUCACACAAAGAAGAGAAGAACUGAGAGUGGUUAUAACACAACUGUAAAUGGAGGAACUAACGUCACCAGUUCCCAACUCGUUAGCAAUAUUUUACCAACUUCAAAUGUAUCACACGAUAACAUUCUCAGAGGCCGCAACAAAACCAGGGAAGAAAAGAGAUCUGAGGUAGAACACUGUACGCAUGGGAGCCAAGAGAAAGGCACACUGAGUUCAAAUACAGCUUUUGAGCAAAGCCAUUCCUUCAAUAAAAAUUAUACUGAAGAUAUUUUCCUCAUGACACCACCAGAGUUAGAAGAAACCAUUAGAGAUGAAAAAAUAAGAAGACUUAAGCAGGUGCUGAGAGAAAAAGAAGCAGCUCUUGAAGAAAUGCGUAAGGAGAUGCACCAAAAAUAAUAAAAUGUUGCUAUACAUAAAGACUUCAGUGAAAUAGCUGUGUUUUUUCAUAUACUUUUGCAUUAAGUUAAUUAUAGUUGCAUUCUGAAAGUGUCUUUGAAUAUGAAAUUUGUCUUUUCAUCAGUUGAUUAUAACAUUUUAUUUAAGGAAUACAGAAAAGGUUGAUUAUAUGACUUUUGUGAAUAAUCUCAUGGGGUAUCUGAAUCUUUGUCUAGAUACCUUUUUUUGGAAGGAAAAGUUUUCUAUUUUUCUAUUACUUUAACUUGAAUUCCCCAAGUUUGAAUAUUUGUUAUUGUUUGUACAUUUAGCUAAAUUACUCAGAUGUUAUUCCAACAAUAGAUAAUUGUUGUGUACUUUUUAAAUUACACAAUCCAACAGAGGAAAUCAGCUCUAAACUUAACUUUUCCAAUGGGUUUGUAUAUGUAUAUGUCUCUUUACCCAUAAAAUGAUACAUUCUCACCAUUGUAAGUUUUUUUAAAAUUUCAUGAAAGAAAAUGUAUUAUAGCAGCAUUAUUUAAAAUUUCAAACAUUUCUCAAGAGUGAGGGACAUUUGUUUUGUAAUUUUUACAAAGUAGUUUCAUAUAAUACAAAAUGGGUUUUAGAAUUCAGGCUAUAUAGUGUAUUGUUUGCUUAAAGUGAUAUGUUAUUAUUCCUAGGCAAAUGCUUCCAUUUUUGGUGGUGGGGGAAUAUGUACAUAUGUGACUUGGAUUGUGUGCUAAGUAAAUCGGAACAUGGCCACAUUUAAUACUUUUUAAAAUUGUAAAGUGUAGUUUUUCAUAAUAGAGGCAGACAUUUUCCUAUCUGGUUAUCUUUGAUUUGUCGAGUUGGAGAAUGGUGUAGAGAUGGGGAUUAAGGAGGAGGAAAAGGUUAUUUUUUUAAGAUGAUUAACAAAUUCCUGGAAGUAGGGUCAAAUAAUACCUGGACAUUGGCAACAAAAUAGAAAACAGUAAGUC